AUGGCCCCCGACUCUUCUAUCUGCGUUGGCCGCAGCCACAUCUUUUCUUCUGUGUUCGCGCCAUGCUCGCUUGGAGAUCCCAUACCCACCAGACCAUCCCUCGCCCCAAAGACCGCAGCGGACAAUUCGACUUUACGGAAAGAGACCCAAUUUCCAGACAAAACGACAUGGGAUCGAGCAUGGCGCUUGGCGGUCUCCUUUCUCACGAUGCCGGAUGCGGAGUUCGAGCCACUGCUACGGAUCACCGAGAUGGGCGACGCUGAAUUUCUGAGAUUGUGGAACCGAUCCAAGAAACCAUCGAAAGAAACCAGGGAUGCUUUCAGCCUUCUGGCUAAGGGCUCUUUGGAGACUGCCGGAUCAGUUUAUGGGAGUAUUUUUGACUGGUACGAGUCUGAGAUACGGCGCCAUUUUAUGCAGAAUUUCAAAGCUGAUCUGUUUAUGACAGCGCAUGAUGCAAUCCGAGAUAGUAUAUUGAAAAUGCUUGUGGAUUGUUUACUCCUGAUGCGCAGAAUCUACUUUUCCCCGCUUGUCGAAUAUAUGCUUCCCUCUUUGGAUGGCCCAGAACAGGAAAAAGUGUUUAGGAAAUUUCAGCGCUCGUUUUAUUCAAUGGUUGCCUAUGCUAUACCCUGGCCGCAGGUAGCGGAUCUGUUGGCUCGCCAAUUUAUCAAAAGUGGGCUCGUGAUUCUCGGCAUAAAGAGCUUGAAGGAGGAAGCGGAUGACCAAGAUAGUGCAGAUGUUGAUACCAUGGAAGUUGAUAGCCAGUACUCGAUGUCAUACCAGGAUUGGCGGGAUGCACCAUCGGCCGAGAUUCGGACUCAGAUGAUGACGGAAGGUGAGGACGCCGCAGUUACGGCCAAACGCGAAGAGCUAUUAUUACUACUCAAUAACCUCCAGCUCAUUGGCGUUGGAGGCGAAAGAGCGCAGGUGGUGUUUGCAGGCGUCAUGGAUACUAUGCUGACCGAGUUUAUUCGGGCGGCGUAUUCGGGCCUCUGGGAAGGUCCAUCACUGGUGUCGCUUCAUCUACGGCAAUGGAUCGAGGACGUAUUUGCGCAGCUAGUCGUACAAGUACUGGCGGUCAUCAACGUGUCGGAGUCCGGAAUAAAAGAGCCAGGGCAACUCGAUGUGCAACUUAGCGAUGUGGAAAAGUGGCAGGAGAUUGGGAUCGCCCGGCUUGGAGCACUUCGCAUUGGGGAACUGUUUGACGUGAUUGUUGAAUGGCCGGCAAGCAGUGGAGCGAUCGAAGACUUACGGCAUUUUACUACACACCCAGCGGCACGGCAUCAUUUGACGCACUCGUUCGCAGCGGUGCUCAAUCGACGCUUAUUACAUCCGGGUGCCUCGACCGUGGAGAUUUUGCAGGUGUACAUUUCGAUUAUACGGUCCUUCAACCUGCUUGACCCGAAGGGUGUGCUCUUGGACCGCAUCGCGCGGCCAAUCCGCCGGUAUCUACGGGACCGCGAUGAUACAGUGAAAGCGAUCGUUGGAGGUCUAUUAGCAGAUCCCGCUGAUACCGAUGGUCGCACCGCCUCGCCUAGCAGCGAGACGUUGGUGGAGCUCUCCGCGGAGUUGAGCAAAGCUCAUCAAAACUCUCUGCGAGCGGACACGGGAGAGUUGGAUUGGGAUGAUAUGAACUGGAUGCCGGACCCUGUGGAUGCGGCGCCAGACUACCGCAAAUCCAAGAGCUCCGAUGUUAUCGGCAGUCUUAUCAGCCUUUUCGAGUCUAAAGAGACAUUUGUACGAGAGAUGCAAAACAUGCUGGCGGAGCGUCUUCUUCAGAAGCGCGCAGAUUUCGAGCAAGAGAUGUCCGUUUUGGAGCUGUUGAAACUACGAUUUGGCGACAACGCACUACAAGCCUGCGAAGUUAUGCUACGAGAUAUCUUUGAUUCAAGACGAGUCGAUGCCGUCGUCCGAAACGAUCAAGGAAUGGUAACAUCGACAGCCCAAGAGAAUGAUACCCCCGACUUGCACGCCAAGAUCCUUUCACACUUCUUCUGGCCCGAAAUACAAGGUCAGCAAUUCAAGGUCCCUGAAGAAAUCACGCAGUUACAGCAGCGCUACUCCGAGGGUUUCGAAUCACUAAAACAAUCCCGCAAGCUCACCUGGCUCAACGGCCUUGGCCAGGUCACCGUGGAAUUAGACCUCGAAGACCGCGUCUUUGUCGAAGAGGUCACAACAUGGCAAGCAACCGUGAUUUACGCCUUCAACUCCCCUUCAAACGACUCCGUCACCAGAACCACUGCGGAGCUUGCGUCACAACUUGAGAUGUCACCCGUCCUCGUACGCAGCGCCUGCCUGUUUUGGGUUAGUCGUCGCAUCCUUGCCGAGGUGCAGCGGGAUACAUUCCGCGUUCUCGAAACCCUGCCUACCAAGAACGUCGCCAGCGACGACAAUGCCGCACCGACCGGAUUAUCCAGCAACCUCAGUGGCACAGGCGAAACAAGCAACGCAGAAACAGCAGCGGCGAAUGCGGCAGCGGCAGCCGCAGCUGCAGCACGGGAAUCCGCGGAAGCAGCAGCCAUGGAGAAGAUGAAUCUGUACUGGCAGUUUAUCGUGGGCAUGUUGACGAACCAGGGUGCUAUGCCAUUGCAGGGGAUCGUCAUGAUGCUGAAGAUCGCAGUGCCCGGCGGGUUCCCUUUCAGCAACGAGGAGCUCCGCGAAUUCCUCGCUGGGAUGGUCUCGAGGGGAAAACUAGAAAUCGUCAGCGGCGGGAAUUACAAGCUUGUGCGCUGA